CUCAUAAAGGUAGAUCCACAUGUACUUCCUCGUGGCUCCAGACAGACGGCUCACUCAUUUGCUCACACCCAGCGGAGAGAGAAGGCAGUGGAAGGCAAGCCUGCCACCCUCCCAUGCACAUCAGCUCUGGGAGUGCAGCUGGACUCCUCACGCUGCCCCCGCUCCGGGGCAAUGCUCCUGGGGGGGCCCUGGGGAAGAUGCAACCCUGGGCGGUGCGCCUUCCUCCUCCUGUUGGCCCUUCUACUGGACACCCUGGGCCUGGUGCUUUUGCUCGUGGGCAUCUUCAGCUCACUUGAUUACUGGGACUUCUUGGUCUACACGGGGUCUCUGACCCUGGCUUUCAGCCUGCUAUUCUGGAUUGCAUGGUAUUCCUUCAAUAUUGAACUGCCUCUUGAGAAACUGGACUUGUAGUUUGGCCACUGACUGAGGAGGAGGGACACAGGAUUCCUGUGAACCUGGAGCUGCUAGCAGUCGGAGGAGCAGGGACACGUUGCCACUCUCACCCAAAAUCCCCAAACAGGGACCAGCAGUCCUUUCUGAUGGAGAAGCACCAAUGCAAGAAGAUGCCUUUUUUGCAACUCCCCAUUCAACAGUGCCCCAGAGGAAUCCGAGGCUGGCCAGGGAUGCCAGGCUUCCACAGGAUGGGCAUCUCCCACUGCUUUGGAGAAUGAGAUAAACCCAUAAUGAACCAUGAUAAAGACUCCAUCAGGCAUGCUGCAUCCUGUACAGGCUACUAUGACACUGCUGGUGCCCCUGCUGAUUUAGGAGAGCCUGGGAAGCCUUGAUGUUCUUGAGCUGGAGCUUUUAAGGCAGCAACCUGCUGUGGGCUUAGACAAUAACAGAGAUGCCCUGUCUCCUGCUGCUUCUCUUGUCAAUGUCCCUUUAAAAACCAGCAAUUGGAACCAAGCACAAAAGUCCACAUGGGAUCUCCUGCCAGCAUUAUUGCUACUCCUCCCCAGCUCUUUGAACAGACUGAGGAGCUCUGGAGACUCCACCUCAUCCAUUUCUUGGUUUCAUCCAGUUGGCACAUGGUCACAGAUUUCAACACGUUAGUUGCCAAAGCAGAUGCCCAGCCAAUGCUGAGCGUGAGAGGCCGCCCUCCUCGGUGCUGGACACUGGGUACUAUGAGCACAGCCCCACCCAUUGGCACAGACAGCCAGGCUAUAUGGGGAUCACAUGGUGCGUGUCUGGUCAACAGAAACUCUCUGGGCAUUCUUAUGAGAAGCAAGCUAAGCCUCUGCUAUGCUCUCCAUGUGUCAUUUAUUUCUUGAUCCCAAGGGCAGGGCUUUAUUUUCACCUUAAUUCGGUUUCAUCUAGUCAGUUACAGCCCCGUCAGAAGUGCUUCUACUUACCACCUGUGCCAACCUGCCCCACUAAUUUAUAUUUCCCCUGAUCUAAUUUUGUACUUUUUAUUUAUAUUUCACCCUAAGCGAGUAUGUGUUUCUUGUAAGCUGCCUCCAGUGUUUUAUGGUAUGAGGUGGUUACCUAAUAAAGAAGUGGA